AUGGAGAAGAAGUUAAGGAUAAAGAAGAAAGUAUGGAUGGGGAAGAAGUUUGGGAUGGAGAAGAAGUUUGGAAUGGAGAAGAAUCUACUAAUUAAGGAAGCAGAAGAAGUUAAGGAGGAUGGAGAAAAAGUGAAGAAUGAAGAACAAGUUAGGGAAGGAGAAGAAGAAGUUAAGGAUGGAGAAGUAGUUUGGGAUGGGGAAGAAGUAAAGGAAGGAGAAGAAGUUAAGGAAGAAGAAGAAGAAGAAGUUUUGGAUGGAGAAGAAGUUAAGGGUAAAGAAGAAAGCAUGGAUGGGGAAGAAGUUUGGGAUGGAGAAGAAGUUUGGGAUGGAGGAGAAGUUUGGAAUGGAGGAGAAGAACCGAAGUAUGGAGAAGAAGUUAAGGAAGAAGAAGUUUAG